AAGCAACACUAGAGAGGCCUCCGUUAAGAGUGGUUCAUAUCCCUUCUUGGUGAUAUUUUGGAAGCAGGAAUCAGACACACUGUACAAGUGAUGAAAAGAAAUGCCAAAAAUAAGUGACACACUGUGGGAGCUGGCCGCGUCGGAGGUGCGCCAUCGGGAGAAUGGGGCUGACGAAGAAGAAGGCGAUGCAGCGGGCAAUCCUCCGGCAGUUGGCGAAAGAACCGUGUUCUUCGUAGGGAGCAAAGCGGGGGGGAAGACGACGAUUUUGCUCAGAUGUCUAGACAGGGAUGAACCACCUAAACCAACUCUAGCACUAGAGUACACGUUUGGAAGAAGAGCACGUGGACACAACACGCCCAAAGACAUUGCGCACUUUUGGGAGUUAGGAGGCGGGACGUCCCUGUCCGAUCUCAUUCAGAUUCCCAUCACCCCGCUGAAUGUGAGGACCCUGUCGCUGGUUCUGGUGUUGGACCUGUCCAAACCCAACGCGCUGUGGGUGACCACCGAGCGGCUGUUGCAGUCUGCGCGGGCCCAGGUAGAGCGGGCCUUUUCCGAGCCACAGGGAUCGGGGGAGUCUAGGCCCAGCAAACACGCCACCCCAAAGAGAGAGCUGCGAACCCUACACAAGGACCACCCGGACCGAGAGCUGAUUAACCCCUUCCCCGUUCCACUGCUCCUCAUUGGCAGCAAGUAUGACAUCUUUCAGGACUUGGAUUCGGAGAAAAGGAAGGUGAUCUGCAAGACCCUGCGAUUCCUUGCCCAUUAUCACGGAGCGGGUCUCGUGUUCACCAGCAGUAAGUCCGAGACCCUGAUGUCAAAGACGAGGGGCUUCCUUACUCACCUGGCCUUUGGGACAGAGAAAGGGAGGAUCAUGGCCACGGACCACAGUAAGCCCCUGAUUAUUCCAGCUGGAAUGGACUCCCUCAGUCAGAUAGGCACCCCUCCGGCAACAGACAUAUCAACUCUACAUGCCAGAACCCCCCUUGACCUAUGGAAGAAAGUGUUUGAGAGAUUCUUCCCUGCUGAGAGCACAAGUGACCCCAAAGAACUGAAGGACCCUGCGAAAGACCCCCAGUACAGCGAGGCCCAGAUUGACUCCAUGAGAGCGCAGAAAGACCAGGAACUGGAACAGUAUAAGAGAAAUGCAGCAAAGUCCUGGAAAGGUAUGGACCUGGAGUUCCAGAAGAACUAAUGCUCCUC